AUGUUGAGGGAAUUCCCCCCUCAACUUGGGCAUCAGCCUCCAGUUGUCAAUGAUGAGGCUAAUAAUGAGCCAAUAGUGAUUAGCGAUGAUAAGCCUGAUAAUGAGCCCAUAGUGAUUAGCGAUGAUGAGCAAGAAAUGGAGGUAGAUGAUGAGCCUAUUGAAAUGAGCGAUGAUGAGCAAGAAAUGGAGGCUAAUGAGCCUGUUAGAAUAAACGUUGAUGAUCUAGCCCCUAUAAGGGAUGGGGAAGUAAUUUUUAAUUACAUUCCCGAGGGGGGGAUCAUUUAUAAAGCUUGCAUACUCAGAAAUAAAAAUGGAGUCAAAUUUGUAGGAGAUAAUAAAAUCAUUUGCUGCAUGAGUUCAGCUAAGGACAUGGAACAAAGUUUCAUGAAUGAAAUUAGUAUUUUGGAAAAAACCAUAGAAGAACUACAAGAAGACACAGAAGUUAAAGACAAACACAUGAAAAAGUUGAAAAACGACAUGGACAAGUUCAUGGAAGAUGCCCUAAAAUCCGAGGAAGAAAUGUGUGAAUUAAUAGCAGCUCAAAAUCAAACCAUUGUGGAAGCUGAAACACGAAUGAUAGAACUUCAGAAAAUCAUUGAACAACUACAAACAAAGUCUACUUGCACAACAAGCACUCAAACAACACUACUUUGCAAAACCACAAGAGAGAUCAGCACCCAAUCCGUAAUAGACGUAAAAAACACCUAUAUCCAAACAGAGUGCAAUGGAGAUGAAACAGGAAACUUCGACAUCCUCAAGAAUAAACCAGAAUUCAUGACUGCUGUUGGAAGCACACAAUGCAACAUACCAGAACCUACUGUGGAAGAAUCUACAAAGUCAAUUGAAUGUGUCAAUGGAAUUGAAACCCCGACUGAAGUGAAAAUCAUGGAAAAUAACAAAAGUGGGAUGAAACUGCAGAAAAAGAAGAAACAGCAUCUGAAGGAGAAACCAUCCAACUUUACAGGCAAUACCUAUUCAACUGAUUUUAGUAUAGAUAUCAUAGAACCUGAUAGUAUUCGCCCUUCCACUCAUGAUUGUGGUACCAGUGCGCAAUGGAGAACUUCUAGUGAUCCUGCGAGCCCACAAAGACAAAUGAUGACAAAAGUUGCUUUCCCACAUAGAAAAAUGUUAAUCUAUGGGGACGAGUAUGCCACUGACUUUCCUAGGGUUGUCGAGAGAGCGAAUACUGCUUUGCCAGGAUCUCCUCAGACUCAGAAUAUUGCUAAAAUAACGAUAGAAAGCAUCAAUUUGAAAGUGCCACAUCUCACACCCAACGAUGACAUAAAGUUGCAGUUGUUGACACGUAUCAAAGCAGAUGAGUCUAUGAUGAUACCGUUUCGCCGAUGGGAAUUGCACGAGCUACCAGCACUCACACAAGGAUCUACCAUAGAAAUCUGGUCCGUCAAGACAUGUUCUGCAUUGGACAGUCCAAGAUAUGUUAUAGUAUUUUUCCAAACGAAAAAAGCCGAUAAUUUGCAUGAAGACGUCACCUUGUUCGAUAAUGCCAACAUCAAAUCCAUACGAUUGGCUCUGAAUAGCGACUAUUAUCCGCAAGAACGAAUGCUAUUGGACUUUUCCCGAGACCAAUAUGCUGACGCUCACUUCAACUAUACAGAGUUCAACAAGAGCUACCAUAACUGUCAAGAAAAGCGCUCUCUAGUAAACUUUGCCGAAUUCAAAUCCCGACCAAUGUUUGUUAUCGAUUGCUCGAGGCGCCAUCUGGGUCUAAAGUCGUCCACAGUUGACAUAAAGGUUUUUCUAAUUUUCAAUAUGAUGAGCAACACUGCUCACGCUCAUAACGUGGAAGUUACGGCGGGGGCGUUCUGGAAGGCACUACCAAGUACCCUUGCGUACGAAGCAACACUUCCUUUAAUUUAUGAAACAAAUUGGCCUGAAGUUGGGUAUCCGAAUGGUGAUUCACAUGAAGGGCAACGUAUAGAUUGCACAUUACAUGUCAUAGAUGAUCAAGAUGAAUAA